ACUAUUUCAAUCCACAACUGGGUAUAUAUAGUUCCUACUUCCUAGAUUAGUGAUUUUAAUUUAGUGCCUGUUAAUUUAGUUUAAUUUAAUCUAGAUUAGUGUCUAUGCUCUGGCUUUUUAUCUCUGAAGAGUGUAAGAUGAAAAGAUUCAGCGACUUGACUACAUACAUAUUCAGGAAAUAAGACUUCUUUUAAUGAAAAGAUGAGAAAAUCAUACGUUUUUGGCUAUUAUAUAGUUCAACAAUCUAAGUAAGUUGGAUUGGGCUACAAGAAUCAAAUACGUGUGCAGAAUGGUCUUAAAACGGUUAAGAGUUUAUAAAUAAAAUAGUUUUCUUAAAAAUUGAUCCUCUUGGCUUUGUUCUAAUUUUAUCCUUUUUUGUAGAUGUCCAAGAAGAAACGCAUUUGAAGCUAAUGAAUUCUUUUUCUUUAAUUGUACAUCAAACUAUCUUGAUUUUAUCAUUUUAACAUUUUAUUAUACUUUUAGCCUCAAUUAUAACUACAAUGAUUGUCAAUAGGUAGGAACACAGGCGCUUGAAUGAUAGCAGAUAGUUUUAUGUCUGAACAAGUCAACCUGUCAAAAUAUUAAAAAUGUUAGUUAGUACUGUUCUUGCCUCCAAGCGCAACAUAUGACCCAAAAGAUCAUAAAAUCAUCAAAGCGCAAAACUAUAGACAGUGGAAAAUAAAAUUAAUACAACUAUGUUGAUCAUGAUGCAAUUCACAUCAAGGCCCUCAAAAGUUUUUUGUAUUUGGCUAUCUAGCUUUCGAAAACUGUAUUAGGACACUAAGAAGCAAUGCUUAUCAAGCAUUGUCCUGGUCCUUCCUCGACGUGACAACACCUCGUGAUUCAUGCGCCUUGAAUAACAGAGACCCGGCGACUCUUCUCACUCUGAGUGAAAGUUUCGUCAGGUGCUCGAACCACCACAGACCCUUGGAUCUGUACUCAGCGACCCCAAAGACUGAGCCAUGUUCGCACCUAACAUUAUCAAGCAUUCAAAAACUUUCAAAACUCUUAAAUCUAUGGCAAAAUGAACCGGCAGAGGCAAUUGUAUUUUCUGCUGGCCAAACAGCCAUACCGGGUGGUAAAUCAGGCUCAACAGGUCACAAACCCUUUGCAUGAAUAUCAUCCCUUGUUAGACAACUAUGUGGGUCAAUUGGUUAACAGGUCGACUUAAAUUAUCUAGCAAGUAUCAAAACAAAAUAGCAAAAUCAACUUAGUAAUUUGUUGGUAGGAAAGCUCAGGAUGAUUACUUCAGAAAAUAACUUCUAGUCAGCUAGUUUCAAAGAUUACAGGACAGAGAGAUGCCACAGAAGACUGUAGCGAUACAUUCAAUAAAAUGUUUUAUUCAUAGAUCAAGCAUGUAGAUAUUAACUUAAUAGAAAAAGUUUUCUAGGCGAUGAUGUCUGCAAAUGUAUACAAAUCAUUGCUGUUUAUCUUGUCUGUAUCGCAAAUGUUGGUGCUGGUGAUGUUCUGGAAGCAAAUGUUCGCACCAGAGACAACAGAGCAAAGACGAAGAUUAGAAACAAGAGCUGCAUGUGAUUGUACCCGUGGUUCUUCUGCAGUUGAUAGUCACUCUAAACGAUUUGAAAAUAUAAAUAGUAAUGAAUCUAACGAAAAUGUUGGUUCGAUAGAAUUUAGUAACAGGCUGGAUGAUGCAUCCCAAAGCGAGGCUAUCAAUAAAACGAGGCAAGCAGAAUCCAAAGCAACAGAAGAGAGCAAGCCUAUAUUGCUAGUGGCUAUUAUCACUGCUAGACCAUAUAAGGAGCGCCGGAGGGCAGUCAGAGAAACCUGGCUCCAAGAUUGCGAUCCGGAAAGUAAUGUCAUAUGCCGGUUCUUCACUGAUUCGCAAGAUAAUAAAGGUGAUCCAAUCGAUCAGGAAAGUUUGGAUGAGUUGUAUGAGGAGUCAGCGGCUAACAGAGGCGACUUGGUACUGUUAAACUCGCCAAGUGGCACCAACUUUUCUCUUCGCCUUCUUGCUCUGUUCGAAUGGGCGAAAAGCAAUUUAAAGUUUGAUUUUCUGCUCCGAAUCGAUGAUGAUCACUUUUUAUGUCUCGACAGGCUGCUAAAAGAACUUCCAUUUAGGCCAAAAACCAGACUCUACUGGGGCCAUCUUCACUGUAAUGAAGGGAUUGUCAGAAUUGACGAAGGUAUGAUGAUAUUGACAGCCGAUCUUAUAGAAGAAUUCCUGAGGAACAGAGAGAAACUCAUGUGCCACAAAUAUGGUGACCAAGCAGUAGCCAUGUGGGUAUACAAUUCUAUGAAAAAGAAACCCGUGACUUGGUUUGGGGACCCAAGAGUCCAUCAUGAUCCACCAGCAUCCUUUCUUUAUGAAUUCAAGAGAAGGGAGGAAAUUUGUCACACGUUUAUAAGUUUACAUGGCUCAUAUCCAACCGAUAUGAGAGAUUUUCAGAAGGUUAUUGAGAGAGAAAGGAGACAACUUGGAGCAGAUUAUACCGUACCACCAGUAGCUGACUUUUGUCCCUACAGAAGAGAUUACUUCAACUGGCAAUCGCUUAGGGGACAGUUCUAUGCCAAGCCUGUUCCUUGCAAAGAUGAGCCUAUUUGGGUAACUAAAAUGACAGAAUACCAGGGUAGGAUGUCUUAUUAUAAUUUUCAAGAGAUGGCUAAGCCUACUCAAGUUGUUGAAAUACAGAGUGUUGAUCUUCAGUAUGCUGGAGAUAGCCAAAAACAAAACGAGGCCCACCAUGACGCAAGCAACGACGUCAAGAACCAUGAUGGCGGGAAUGGAGCAACACAGAACUUCACAAACCGAAGAACUUAAGAAAAUAUUGAAGCACUGUGAAGUGAUUUCAGUUGAGCUGAAAACGGUGUAAAUGUAAACGUGCGUUGUAAAUAACCGGCGAACAUGAAAAAUCCGGAUAGGUGUAAUGUUUUACUAGAUGUCAUAAUCUUAGGAGAGUAUUUCCUGGCCCUAGGCGACCAGUGAUACGUUAACACAGUCAAAAAAUUCCUCGACAUGUAUAACACGAGGUUAAUCGCAUUAUCCUGACCGGAUACUUCAGUUUCGUCCAAGUAACCUCUAGUCAUUUUUAACUUGAGAGUCACUUCAACAGAGAUUUGCUGAAUUUUAUUGAAAUUCAAAAAGGCUGUCAGAGUCUAGUUGCCUCAUAAUAUUUGAAAUACUUAAACUCAGAUUUAGAAAUAAUCAGCUUCUGGUUAAAAGUGCGUCUGCUUCAACUAAGCAGUACAGAAAUGAAUCCUGUAAUUUUUCAUUAUGAAUAGUUUAAAAAAACAUUCUCUUGAAUAAUUGAAGACUAUUUUUGCUAGGAAUAUGUCCAAAUAAGAGGUUGCUGCUAAAGAAAUGCUAUUCGGAAAGAGUGAUUCAGUAUUUGCCUGUAUUACUUUCAACAAAAAAAGUGACGUCGCAAGAACAUUUUAUAUCAGUUUUUGUAAAUAAAUUCAAAGUGGUUACAUAGAUUUAUAAUCAAUAUCAAAGUCUUCCUUAUGUAAUUCUUUUUAUAUAAAAGUUCAAAAUGAUAUUUGGCCACAUUUAAGAGCAGGGCAAGAACCACGAUUAAGAGCACGUUCAAAAUA